GAUAAAAUGGCGAAAGAACAUGAACAUGAGAGAGAUGUAGACUCCUGUUGCAGUUUAUCCGUCAACUUGAGUGUUAGUCAAUCUUUGUCCGAGAUUGAAUUCGAGCGAGGGAUAUGGUAUGCUGCUCAAUACAACGACAAGGACAAAGUAGAAAGAUUUUUAAAAAAGGGAAUUUCGGCGGAUAUCGAAGACUCUGCUGGAUAUACUGCUCUUCAUUAUGCAGCUCGAAAUGGAUAUUAUCAGAUCUGCGAGAUGUUGUUGCAAUAUGGAGCUAACGUAAACGCUAGAACGCGUUGCGGGCAAGCAACUGCUCUUCACAGAGCAGCUACACAAGGACACGAUCGCGUCGUUGAAUCUUUGUUAAAGUAUGGUGCUAAUGCAAAUUUAAAGGAUGCUGAUGGAUAUACCGCUCUGCACAGAGCUCUUAUUGGUGCUCGCGUAUCCAUUUGUAAAAGUUUGAUUCCGCAUUCGGAUCUGUCCAUCGUCGAUAAUAAAAAUCGUACCGUGAAACAAUUGGCUGACGAAUACUGCAACGACAUCGUCUCGCUUUUAUUUUCAUAAUCUUAAUAAAAAUGCUUUUAUCUUA